AUGGCUUGUAUGGCUAUCAAAAGUGAGGAUUCCCAGCAAGGCGUCAAUACGUCAGGGCAAUGCUCAGCAUGUCCAGAAAUCUAUCCAGGCAUUUACGCUCAAAAUUGUAAAGGACUUAAAGAUCGUAAAGACUGUUUAACUGUUGAACAGGCUGAUGUACGGCGACAAGAGAUUCCAGGGAAAUCGUGCGCACUCACCUAUGUGUGCCCUGAGCCUCAUAUUAUGUACGGUUGGCUGAAAACGGGUGGUCCUCCUGUGGAAAUCAAGUCAAGUCUUCGCUGUACUGCAAAUAAGCGUGUCUGGAUGACCGCCGAUGGUCAAGUACUGAAUAAAAUCAGUUGUAUGUCGCGACCACUAACAAACGUUUACACAGAAGAAUCACCUUGCCAGCACAAUGUUUGUGUGCCUCGAAAAAAUGCCGUUGUUCGAGCGGUUAGAGAUACCACAUAUCCGGGUAUAUGCAGGUUGGAAAUUUUCUGUCCAUCUGGAACAACCAAAUUCUAUUCUAAUUCUCUUUUUGACCCGGUUUUUCAAGUUUUGCCUGACGAUCCCAUCACAUGCGCUGAUAAUGGAGCUGGUUCAAUUGCCGGAUACUCAUGGGAUACUCAAAGUGCAACUUCCAGCGUUCAUGUAACGGUCGUCUCAUGUCUUUCCUUGAAUUGA